CAUGUAGAUCAUUACGACAUCAACAACAGGCAGUCAAUCCGUCAAUUUGUUUCUUUAUUAUUCUCUUCUUUAAUUUGUGACAAUGGACGCUGGUGAACCAGACAUGCAAGAUUCGGGUCAGCCAUCUGGCUCUGCUGGUCCAAAUUGUGCUGUUGGAAAUAUGUUUUUAUCUCCACAUUAUGCACGCAUUGUAUCAACCUUUGUGGAAAAUGCAAGGCAACUAGCAUCUCCGAGGCCAUCAACAACCGAUACUAGUGGUGCUGCUGUCUCUGCUAUCAGUUCGUUGGCUGCAGACUUGUCGCGGGAUUUUGCGAUGUCUUCCACAAGAUUGCCCCAGAGUCAGCCUAAAAAAAAGAAGAAGACUCCUGGCCGGCCAGCUAGUCAUGUCAGGCUGAAGCUGACCUGUUUAGAAAGCCCAUCAGUUACAACCAUCCAGCGGCUGAACACGAGAAAGCUGGGGAAGCUUGGGUUUGGCCACAACAAGAAAGAAGAGACAAAGUCAGGUCGACUUGGCAGGCAGUUUGCGCUAACCCUGACUGCUGAUCAAUUUAUGGCUGCAAUACGCCAGCAGUUCCCUGCUUUGGGCAGCGCUGAAGUCAAAUUGUUCACUGCAAAAUCAGGAAAAAAGCUCCUUCCGCUGGUGGGCCUAACACCAGCUGAAAUCAAGGCGGAACUGGGCUCAAAGACCACUGGAAACGGAGCAACUGUGUAUAUCCGGUCAGUCCUUAAACUGUCCAAUGUUUCUGAUGCUAUUUUGUACCGCGGAGCAAAAGAUCCGGAAGAAGAUUCUAUUGCGAACAAUGUUUCUUGUCCACAUUCCACUGACAGGACCGGGUCUGAAGCCAGUACCGUUACCAAUUCUACAGCAAGUUUCAGCCAAGAGAUGUCAGAGCACAAUGAGCCUGUUUGCAGUGAUUGUGGCAGAACCAAGGUUGCCAAUUCUUGUUUGAAUUGCAUUCAAAAUAUGGAGUACGAAGCAUCCUUGGCGACUGAUCAGAGAAAGAUGAAAGAUUGUGAAAGAGAUGAAGAUUUUAAGAAGAUUUGCCAUGAGCAUGUAGUCUUUUUGAUGGGGAUCGGCUGCCAAGAAGCAGCAGUUGUGGUUGGGCUGAGCCAGAGAAGAGGGCUGAUGAAAAAUAUCACCACAUACUUUCUAUACUACAGGGUGAAACCAGCCCUAGAUCAGUUCAUCCAGGGCCUACAGUCGAUCGGGGGUCUUUUCGACCUGAUGAUGAAAAACCCUGAGGGUUUUUGCAGUGUCAUGUGCGGAGAGAAGGAAUCUCUGACCCGUCAGAAAUUGAGGGCCCUUCUCUCCAUAAGUUUUUCGAAGGACAAGACGAGGAAGAAAGAUGAGGGAACAGCUAUCUACCUGUUCGAGGUCUUCCUCAAGAAAUGCGAGGAUGAGAGUGAUGAUGCCGUUUCAUUGAGCCAGAUCUUGCAGUUUAUGAGUGGGGCAUCCGCUAUCCCUCCACUUGGCCUCCCAAACAUUGUUGUGAAUUUCUUUGAUGUCGAGCCUGGAGAAAAGCGGUACCCUUCAGCCAAUACAUGUGUGCCAAUCAUGUGGCUUCCGAGAUGGAAGAAGUUAAAGGACACGAACUUCCGAACUCCUUUCUUUGCCUUGUUGAAGGAAGGCAUUCUGUCAAGCAAAGGCUUCGACAAGAUGUAAGAUGCCAUCUUUUUUCCUACCUUUCACUGCCGAACCAGUUGUAUCUCUAGUGUCCUCUACUAUGCGAGGGCAUGUAUUGUGAUUCACCUCGACCGUGUUAUGUCGAAUCAGUAUGAAUCUAAUUGCCAUGUUAUUAUCAUCAUCAAAACAAUUGCCAUGUAUAUAUCAUUGUCAAGAACACAGUCAUGUAAUAACCAUAUGUAAUAAGCACAUGACCAUGUCAAUGGCAUCGGCAAUAUUGAGCAGAUUGCCAUGUUUUUCUCAUUAUCAAGCCAGUUACCAUGUAAAUAUCAAUU